UUGUUUCUACAAGAUUAAUGUUUAUUUGUGCAUUGUCCCUAUUUUAAAUAAAUAAAUUUCCAAUUUUCAAAUUCCAAUAAUAUUACUAAUUAUCUGAUGUUAAAGUUAACAUUUUGAGUUCCGCAGUAAUUGUGUUUAAAUUUGUUACGUAGCUAUUCAUGCUAGGGGAUUCAUUGUUCUUCAGAUAGGCUGGUUGUCCUUUUCCUUGAAACAACAAAUGUGCAGCUUGAAUUUGAAGAAGUAAAUCAAUUGUGAGGAACAAAACAUGUAUUGGAAACAAGCUUUCUCAAGUUCAGGGGAGGCUCGUGGGUACACAUAAAACAUGCCAUGCUAGUUGUUCCCUUGCCAAAAUUUAACCUAAAUUUGUAGCAUUAUUAAAAGCCACCUUUCUGACAUAUUAAGGCAUACACAGGUACCAACCAUGUCAGUAGAGUUUGUCUAGUUUCACGAAAUACCACUACUUUGCACUUGGAUUGAUAGGAUAGCUAUUACCGCAUUACCACUCCCACCCGCUGGACUUGAGAAGGAUCAGUCCUGAUUUGCAUGUAGCCCUGCAAUACCAAAUUCGAUUGCAAUCGGAUUUGAAGUCAAGAAAAAGACGAUUGUAUAUGUGUAUUAAAUUGUAUCUUUUUUUUAUUUCUUUUUUUCCAUCCCAAAGGUUGCCUUUUGCAUAUUUGAAUGGUUCUCAAAAGUUCUCACACUAGGAAAUAUCUCUACUAACAGCUGUUUCUCUCUUUUAAAGGGAGUCUCAUCAUAGUAUCAAUGUUGACAUUAUCAGUCAAACAUUUGCUGAUGUGAGCUUUCACUUUGCUUACCGCAAAGACGGCAUCACGGUAUCUAUGUCUUGUCCAUCAUCUGGUUUCCUCGGAAUGCAGUUUCAGCAGAGGUCUCCAUCACAGUUGUAUGGAAAACUGUUUGGUCGCUACCUGUCUACUCCUGAAAGGGAUACUGAUGUUUUCACUGCCAAAGUCACACUGAGAAACUCUACGAAGUUGAUUUUACAGACAUCAUGGAAUUGGGACUUUCUUCAUGAUGUGAUUGAGGGUACCAAGGACAGGAUUCCUGUUAUGACUGAUACUGUGCUCAAGUUCAUUAACAAGUAUCACACCAUCCACUUUGGCUUUGAUCUCAACCGUGGUGGCAUGAAGCUGAAAAACACAGUUUCUAAUGUCAUAGAGAGAGCCUAUCAUGAAGUGCCUUUGUCUUUUAACACACUGCAGAAUUCAAUCAAACACGUCAGUGAUCAAGUAAAAGACAUGUACAGGACAGCAUCUGAUGGCUUGAUGUCCAUGAGUGUGCAGGAUGUUAUAGACAGGUUGGCUCACGAGGCAAGACAAGUCUUGAAACACAUUGGAGACAAGAUUUAUGUCUUGCUCGAUGCGGUCACACAGUUUUUGAGUGACACAAAGUUUACAUUACCUGGAUCUGAAGAAAAACUCUCUAGCCUAGAGAUGUUCCAGAGAGCAUGUCAGUCUGAAUCAAAAGCCACUGACAGGGCAGUUGAAAGGUUUGCCAGCCUUGCAGAGAAAACUUCUAGAUACAUCAGGGGAAUGACGUUCACUGUACCUGGAACUGAUGUUGUUGUCAAUGGAAACAAGAUCAUGGAUAAACUGAUGUCUUCUGUCAGAUCUGCAUUUGAUCAGCUAAGACAUUCAGUGAGCAGGGGGUUCAGUUGGCUUCACAAAACAUUUAAUGGCCUCCUCCAGGUGAUUACUGAAAAUGCAGAGAAUUUCAUCACACACCUUCAAGAUGAAAAUGUUGAAAUUGCCUCUCAAGUUGAUGCUAUCUAUGCAAAGGUUCUGCAGUCCUCAAACCAACAUACUAAUGAGGCCAAGAGAUAUGUGGCUGAUUAUAAAGACCUCACCAAACUGAGGAUUCAAGAGGCUUAUAAUGCUUUAAGUAUGGUGCAGGUAAAUAACGAUGCCAAGGAGUUUAUCAGUAUUUUUCAGUCCGAUCUCUACAGAGGGCUUAAUGAAACUGUAGAUCUAUUGAGAAGGACAUCCCUGUGCACAGCACCGUACAUUAGAGUGAGCAGUGAAAGGUUGGACUUUGAAAUUCCUUUACCCUUUCUUUGGAAGUCUUUUAGCGAAUGGCCAAUGCAAUCCAGUCCGUGAGUCAUGGCUUUCUUGUUGGUUGAUAAUGGCUGACUAAAUUUAUGUCUGUGUGAAAAAAUAACUUUUGGUUGAUGUCAAAAACUGUGUUUAAGGUUGUUUUAACUCAUGUAAAGUAUAUACAAGUUAUACUUACACGAGAUUUUGUUAAAUCUGAUGAUUUAAGCAAUUUUGGCCUGCCAAUGUUUUGCAUGCAUUGAAGAUGGUGUUCAAUUAAACAAUACUGAUUACAGAUGUCAUUCUGUGCCAACAUUUUCAACAAAUCAAUGGGCAUGAAACCUUUGUAUGUCUAUGACAGAAUCAGGACCCAGUGGCAGAGCGACAAGGGGUGGUGGGGGUGUUCUGGGGCUACAACACCUAAUGUUUUCUCAAAAGCCCUGUAUUUUUUGUGUUAUUAAAAUACCUCUACCUUUGAGUCAUUUCCCCCUUCGACUGGACCUCAGUAGAAGUUAUUAUUUUGUUUAAUUCUGCCACAGUAUUAAAAACUGACUUGUGUUGCAUGGUUUAAAGGUCUGUCAAGGCUACAAUAAAUAGGCCUAUCAAAACUUA